AUGAGGGGCGGAAGGAGAGGGGGAAGGACGGGCGGAAGGAGAGGCGGAAGUAGAGGCGGAAAGACGGGGGAAGGAGAGGUGGGAGGACGGGUGGAAGUUGAGGCGGAAGGACGGGAGGAAGGACAGGAGGAAAGAGACGUGGAAGUAGAGGCGGAACGAGAGGCGGAAGUACAGGCGGAAGUAGAGGCGGAAGUACACGUGGAAGGACAGGCGGAAGGACGGGAGGAAGGACGGGAGGAAAGAGACGUGGAAGUACAGGCGGAACAAGCAGAACAAGAGGCAGGAGGACGGGCGGAAGUAGAGGCGGAAGGACGGGCGGAAGGACAGGAGGAAAGAGACGUGGAAGUACAGGAGGAAGGAGAGGCGGAAGUACAGGCGGAACAGGCGGAAGUAGAGGUGGAACAAGAGGCAGGAGGACGGGUGGAAGUAGAGGUGGAAGUAGAGGCGGAAGUAGAGGCGGAAGGACGGUGA